CUGAAAUCGUAAGCAAUGGCUCGUACCAAGCAGACCGCGCGUAAAUCCACCGGAGGAAAGGCUCCUCGCAAACAGUUGGCCACUAAAGCUGCUCGUAAAAGUGCUCCAGCUACCGGAGGAGUCAAGAAGCCACAUCGUUAUCGACCAGGAACCGUCGCUUUGCGUGAAAUUCGUCGUUAUCAAAAGUCGACUGAAUUACUGAUUCGUAAGCUUCCAUUCCAACGUUUGGUUCGUGAGAUCGCUCAGGAUUUUAAGACCGAUCUUCGCUUCCAGAGCUCGGCUGUUAUGGCUCUGCAGGAAGCAAGUGAAGCUUAUCUGGUCGGAUUAUUCGAAGAUACCAAUCUGUGUGCCAUCCAUGCCAAACGAGUCACCAUUAUGCCGAAAGACAUUCAAUUGGCUCGUCGUAUUCGUGGAGAACCAAUGGCUCCUAAAACCAGUGGAAAGGCAGCGAAGAAGUCUGGAAAGGCCCAGAAAAGUAUUACCAAGACCGACAAGAAAAAGAAGAAGGUCCGCAGGAAGGAAAGCUACGCUAUCUACAUUUACAAAGUGUUGAAACAAGUCCAUCCUGACACGGGUAUUUCAUCCAAAGCCAUGAGUAUCAUGAACAGCUUCGUGAAUGAUAUUUUCGAACGCAUCGCCGCUGAAUCAUCUCGCUUGGCGCAUUACAACAAACGUUCAACGAUAACUUCUCGUGAAAUUCAAACCGCAGUUCGUUUACUGCUGCCAGGAGAAUUGGCCAAACACGCUGUCUCCGAAGGAACCAAAGCCGUCACGAAGUAUACCAGCUCCAAAAAAAUGACUGGCCGUGGUAAAGGAGGAAAGGGACUGGGCAAAGGAGGAGCCAAGCGUCAUCGUAAGGUUCUGCGUGAUAACAUCCAGGGAAUCACAAAGCCCGCUAUCCGUCGUUUGGCUCGUCGUGGGGGAGUGAAGCGUAUUUCCGGUCUCAUCUACGAAGAAACUCGUGGUGUGCUGAAAGUAUUUCUGGAAAACGUUAUCCGAGAUGCUGUUACCUAUACCGAACACGCCAAACGGAAGACGGUUACCGCAAUGGACGUUGUGUACGCUUUGAAACGCCAAGGUCGUACUCUCUAUGGUUUCGGAGGUUAAAUGAUAUAAUU